GGGGGAGAGAGCGAGAAAGAAAGCCAGAGAGAGAGAGGAGACGGGGGAGGGGGCACGGACGCGCGCUUGUAAGUAAGUUGUCGCCUCGCUGUUCUUCUGAGGCGGCGAGAAGAGCGGGCGCCGCUGUCUUCCUUCAUCCUCUUGUCGCUCGGUCAACGCCAGACGGGUAUUCGACAUCCAGAUCGACCCACGGAGAGCGUGCAAGGGAGAGCAGGAAGAGGGUUGCGAGUCGUCGGCGUCGUCUCAGGUCUCGCUUCGGCCUCCCAUCGCCCAGGUCUGCCACGACUGCACUGUAGACUGCGGGCCUCGUCUCUCGACGCAUCUCCAUCGCCUCGGGGCCCGGCCCACCUGAUCUCUUCUAGCAGCGUGCCCACAACGAGGAGAGACAAAGACAGAAGAAAAUACCGAUGUCGGACCUCUACAGGCCUUCGUCUCGCAACGCUUCGAGCUCCUCACCCAACUUCUCUCGCGCCGCCCCGCCCACCCAGUCAAACCACCAGCAGCCCUCGUUUCCCUCAUCGGUCUCUUCGCUUCCUGGUGCGCUCGGCAUCGGAUCUUCUUCGUCGACAGCGCUUCCCAGUGCGAGCAGGAGCAACGUUGAGCCAAACGGAUCCAGAGAGCAGCAUCCACCAAAGCAGCAACAGCAGCAUCAACAUCAAAGGCUCCAGUCAGACGCAUCCUCGCUACGACGGGGCGCCAGCCCUAGCACAGGUUCCUCGUCCGAGCUAUACAUGACGCCCCCUUCCUCGUCCAGGGGCCUCGACAGCGCCAACAUGAAGGACACUGGUGCUGAGUCAUCCAGCUCCAACGGCGCUCCAGACGGCUUCUACCAGAGUCGCUCUGUCUCCUCGAGCUCGUUGACCAUGGACGCGAGCGGCAGCGGGGGGAGACGACGGGCGGGCAGUGGCUCCAAUCCACCCUCCUCUCGCAAGUUCAUGAUCCCGAUCGGGGCAACAGGCGCCAGGCAGAAGCUGAACGUCCUCAGCGCCUCGCAGAAGCCUAGGGGUUCAUCCUUGACGAGCAGACGACCAUCGACAAGCUCGAGUGCGACCCAUGCCGGCGAAGAAGGCGUCUUUGGAGAGGGCUCCUUCCAGCGGCUGGGGUCCUCGCAUGGCCGCAGCGAAGGCAGUUCUCGAGGCAUUGGCUCGUUUACUAGCUCGCAGAGCCACGAGUAUCUACCAAGACCGACGAGUAGUAGCAACAGCAGCAGCAAGGGCAGGAACGGCGCAGAUAGCGACUGGACCCGGGACGGAAGCUCGUCGCAGCGGCGGCCGAGCGACCCACAGGUCAAUGGCUGGACGCUCGUCUCUACCACUGCGCCCGCUUCAGCAGCCUCGCCGCCAUCGCAAGCAACCAAUCGCUGGUCUUCGGCGUCGAGUGCCAACGCUUCGCCCCAGCCCCCGCUGCCCGUGUCGGGUGGCUGGGUCAUGGAUCCAUCUUCGUCCACAGCGACCGCAACAAACACUGUCCAAUCUCAAUCUUCGACACCGACACAAGAACGGCCAGAUCCACUCAUGCAGCGUGAAAGCUCUACUUCGAGCAUGCGCAGCCUCGGGUCCUGGAGAAAGGCGCUCAACGCGACACCGAGAAGAGAGCCUUCGGGCAAGGGCAUGCAACCGAGCCACAGCAACCAGUCCAUCGACAGAUUUGACCCUGCUGAUCCGCCGUAUAGCUCGCCCAAGGCCGAUGCCAUCCUGGGCAGACAGAGGAGCGCGAGCAACACGAGCGAUCGCAGCUUUGCUCGCUCACCGCAGAGCUCGACGUCGUCCAAGAUGGAGAAUGCAGCUGGAAAGGUCAGGGGUGGCUUCAGAAGCCUCUUUCAAUCCAAGGGCAGCCGGCUGCAGAGUCCGCCGACAGACACUCCCUCGCAAUUCUCGCCCCCAAAGGGGCUGUGGUCACCGCCAGAUCCAUCCCAGGACAACAGCAUGUUUGGCUCCCAGCCCCAGCGCAACAAUUCGGCCAGAGAGCUCCAAAGUUCAGAGUCGGGCUCAGAGAUGGAAGGCAGAAGAGGGAAUCGGUCGGCGUCAGACUUUGGCGACAGCCACGAAGGUGAUGCCAAGAGCGACAGCACAGAGAAGGACGAAAAGCCUGCGGGCGAAGACGCAAGCGAGGACGACAGGGAAGAAGAUGAUGAGAGCGAGACAUACCAAGAGAGGCAGAUGUCACCCUUGGUCAAGCGGACGUCGGAAUUUGCACCGACGCUGGACCUUAAUCUUCCAUCGGCCGGAGGCCUGUUUGAUCAGUCGCCACGCACCGAAAAGAGCGCUUUGCUCGGCAUUCCCAUGGGCACUGGCGCAGCCGACCAGCCGAGGUCACCAAUGGAUAGGGGCUCUGGAGACGAAGCUGUUGACCUAUCGCAGCACGCUUCGUUGAACAAGUCACUGCCGCCGACGCCAGGGCCUUCCAGCAGCAAUGCGAGUAGCGUUGGUGGCGACGGGUCGUCCUUCUUUGGCAGCCCUUCGGCCAAGACGACGCCACAAAAGAAUGCCUCGUCGUGGUCGCAGGCUCCUGCGGCAGCCGCCAGUUCGGCCGGCUCUCAGCGCGGCUCUUUGCUAGGCUUGUCUCCGAACGGAGACUCUGAUCGCAGAUUCUCCACUGCGACUGUCUCUAGCACAGCGACUUCAGACACUCCAGCAGGCAGUCUCACUACGAACAAAGGUCUUGAGCUCACGCCAACCACGCCGCCAGACGAUGGUGCAGCCACACGAUCAUCUCGGACCCUGAUUCCUAUCGACUCUGACAAGCCCAAUGUGCCCCUCACGUCACCGCUGCUGGCUGCUGUGCUGGAUCAACAGAAGCGCAACGCCUCGAUGGCGACGGCAUCUUCCUCGCAUUCGCCAAGCACGCCGUCGCUCAUCAGAGGGUCGGUAAGCUCUGAAAGUGCCUCACCGAGCUCGCGUUUCAAUGCUAGAUCGUCUCAAGACUCCACUCCUUCUCCCACGAGGUCAUCAGCGUCAGCUUCGACGAACGACACUGCGGUCCCGAACGGGGGCACACCCACCAAGCCUGGCAUCCCAGCGAAGUCAAAGGAUCGGCCCUCCUUGCCCCCUCAGCCUGAUCCGGCGACGUUGGCCAGGCUCGAGAGGAGCGCAUCAACAAACACAGUCCAGACAGGCGCUGCUCUCGCCGCCGCUGCCACGGCUGCCAACACCUCUGCGACUGUUCUCGAGACCAAUGAAGAUUCGGCAUCUGCCAUGGCACCGCCGGAUACAGCAUCAGCGGCAUCACGGAGCUCAUCUGUCAAGUCCAACGAGAACCAAUCUACUGGACGGCACCAGCACCAGCACCAGGCUUCUGCCCAAGCAAAGCCAGCCUUCGACCCAGCAACAUAUGUACCACCCGGAGCGCUCACGAGGACCCGCAAGGGCGUUACUGUCCUCCCACUGUCGUCGACGCUCUCUUCCACCAGUCAGAGAACCUCGGCGGGGGCGCAAUCGUCAGAGGAUCACUCCUCUCGCUCCGGUACUGCGGAAGAAGGAGACGAGAGCACGCCAAGACCAUCGAUGGAUUUGGGGGGAUUCCGUACCGAGUCAGCCAUACCAAAGCACAGCAACAUCCCGAUGCCAGUGUCGCCCACCAUGCGCAGCCGCUUCUCUAUUAGCGGCGAAGAAGAGUCUGGCACACACAUCAUCUCACGCCCGGAUCCUGUCGAAGAGGGAGGAAGCGAUGGCCAGAUCAUUUCGUUCAACACUGGUGACUUUGACCCGGAUGAGGACAAUGCUUCGGUCGAUUCGGGGUCGAUGCUGCCAGCCAGCGCAUGGGCAGAGGUCGAAACGUCCCUGCAGCGCUUCAAGGACACGACUGCAUCGACUGCUGCUGACAAGGGUGGCCUUCUGCGCACGAUACUGCUUCCCUUCCUGGCCCUCGAGGCCGAGACACCCAACGUGGAAGUCAGCGGCGAAGGCAACUUCACCUCGGGCAAAGCACGCCGCUCCCUCUUCUUUGAGUGGAUCCGGCAUCUCCUCCUCGAGCUGCAAACCGUUCAGACAUCGGCCGACCGAGGCGCUAUCCUGGAGAGCAUUGCCUGCAUCAUUGAGAGCCGCAACUUCUCUGCCAGUAUCCUGUCGACGGAUCUCGAGGACGAGACGAGGUUCUCCUCGGUCUUUGGCCACAUUCUGUCUUACGCCAUCGGGGAGCUCAACAAGAAGGGAGUCUACCAAAACACGCUCAUCUUUUCCGGACGAUUACUUGCGGUGGCAUUCUUUCGGGUCAAGGGUGUGGCGAGCAAGCUCCUUCGUGCGCUGCCCGUCAACCGCUUCGCCUUGGAAAGAGUGGCGCAUGAGGCACAGUGGGACGAAUACCAACCAAAGGAUUGGAGGAUGUACGCCUCAAAGUUUCCUCAGCCCUUGCGAGACUUUUGCUUCCAGGAUGCCAAGACCUACCUGAAGAUGCUCGACUCCCAGACGACGACAGCUGCAGUGACGAAUGGCGAUGCCGAGGACGACGAUGACCGCUUCCUCGUCCGACAUUCCGAUGUCGAGGUGGAAAUGACGGGCAACUGGCUGAGGCGAUGGCAAUCGGACGACUCGGAGCUCUUCUUCAGCUUUUGCAGGAGCUACCACCGGCAGCUUGCAGGUCUCUUUUCGGCCAGCAAGAAUCUCGAAGGCGUCUUCAAGCUCUUUUUUGGUGGGCCUGGCUAUGCACACUUGGCCACUUGCAUCCACCAAAAGUGUCUCUCGCUCGUGCACCGCGACAUUCUCUCCGUCACGACGCUGUCCUCACAGAAGAACUUCAAUCCUGGUGAGACGGCAAACGUGCUCUCGGGAAGCACCGCAGGCAAACCACGGCACUUGGAGGCGGCCAAUCGUAGAUGCAGCGCAAUCGUCGUCGACAUCGUCCGAGCACCUAGCUCCAACAACCAGAUCUUCGCUCCGAUGCUUGGCAUCCACGUCAAGUGCCUGGUCAGACGGACAUCGCUGUACGAUGUCCAAGGCGUCUUUUGUCUUCUCGACUGGAUGGAUGGUGUCCUGAGCCACAUGGAGACGGCCGAGCUUCCUGCCGAGCACUUCAUCGACAUUGACUUUCUCAUCCACACCGUCUGGCUCUUGCUCAAGGACGCUGAUCACGCGCUCGCUCUGAUGCGGACCGUCGCCUUCUGUUACUCGAACUUUGCCGUGCUGACGAGCACAUCUCGACACCGCACCCGCUUCUGCGAGGAGAUUUUGCUCGACGCGCGCAUCUUCCAGAAACUUUUCCUCUCUUGGUCGUUCACCAUUCGCGCUUACUUUUUGCACCUCCUCGUCUUCCGACUCGCUCGUAUCAACGACUUUCCGUCACCGAAUGACGACCCCAAUGGCAAGACGGCCGUCAUCAUUGCAAGACUAUUCAAUAUGCGUCUCGACGAGAUUAGGACUAGGCACGAUGAGCUGUCGCCCUCACCCUCGUCUGCCGAUUCGGGCUCUGAAGACGAUGGCGAGGAGUCGAGCCGGUCCAAGGGACGGCCCCAGUCGUUUGUCAGCACCAUCCGGCACACGUCGUCGAUUCACCACAACUCUGAAUCCAGCCUGGCGGUGUCGAAGGCUGAGAGGGUGUUGGGCAUCGGCAUGCCUGACCCGGUCUUGUCUUCGGGCAAGGGCGAAAGCAAGGCGCAAUCGCGUGCCGCCAAGUGGCUUCGGGCGCUUGGAGGGAGGAGCGUCAGCAAGGGCUCGAAGAACAAAUUCGCCUCGGCCUCGUCUAGUGCUUCGCCGAUGCCAUCGACGACGGAGAAUCCGCUGAUUUACAACGAGCCUCGCAGGCCCAUGCCGCGCGUCGACGAGAUCGACAUCGAUUCCGAGGAAGAUGGGUCUGGCUCGAGGCCGGCGAGUCCGGAGACGGCUGGUGGGGAUACGCCAAAGGCCGACGAGGGUCAGUUUGACUUUGGCAGCUCUCCCGGCAACGCGUCGUCUCGACAACAGGCUACCUCUUCGCCGACGGCCUACGGCGAGAAUCUUGCUCCGGACAUGGCCUUUGACCUCCAGUCUCCCAUGGCAACCCUGCCCGGUGAGCGGGCGUCGACUUCGAGGGCCCAAGCGCACCAGCCUCGCAUCUCGAGGGCAUUUUCGAAAAGGUCGUCCAUCUUGCCCGGCCCGGCCUUUGAGCUCGUGUCGCAGGACGACGGCAAGAUCGACACGGCAAUGGAGGAGGAGGAGGCCAUCCGGGCGUCGACGAUGGUUGAGCCGAGGAAGAAGCUCGUCAAGGCCGACCCGUACGACCGCAAGCUGCACACGUACGCCGUGCAGAGCUUACGCGAAUACGAGCAAACGAUUCAGGAGCACGAUGAAUACUUCGCUUCGCAACCCGAGGGAGAGAAGGCGCAGGUCCCCAAGCUCCCCACGCAGUGGCCACAAAUGUUUGCCGAUAGCUAGGUGUUUCUUGACUGCGGUCUCCCUUUGUCCUCGCCAUCCCUUUGUCCGGCGUAGUGGACGUCAUGUAUAAAUAGACACUCUUUUCUCUUUAAACUGCUCUCCAAUCGAUUCCUCUGUUGAGAU